AUGGCAUCCACUAUCCCCACGACAAUGAAAGCGCACAUCUACACCAACACCUCACCAACAUUAGAGGCCAACCUCUCCAUCUCAACAUCAGUCCCAACUCCGACUGUAUCUGGACCCAAUGAACUGCUGAUUCAGGUCUUGUCAGCAUCCAUCAACCCAGCCGACCACAAAGUCCCAGAGCUGCCCGGCCCUGUCCGACGGCUAGUCAUCAAGACGCCUGCCACCCCUGGCAUGGACUUUUGUGGCCGUGUGGUUCAAGCUGGGACAAAGGUUGACUCAAUUGCACUGGGAGAUAUUGUAUACGGUCGCUUGGGACCUAAACAGCAUGGAUCUCUCGGAGAGUACAUCAUCGCGCCAGCCAACGCUGUUGCCGUCCUUCCCAAGGAGGGUGUGACAGUCGACGAGGCGGCUGCCAUUGGAGUGGCAGGACUGACUGCCUACCAGGCAAUCCAGCCCAAUGUCAAAAAAGGCGACAAGAUUUUCAUCAACGGUAGCUCGGGUGGUGUCGGCUGCUUUGCCGUGCAAAUCGCCAAGGUUUUGGGCUGUCACGUCACCGCCUCAUGUUCACCGGCCAAGGCCGAGCUCGUCAAAUCGCUGGGUGCCGACGAGAUCAUCGACUACACCACCACAGACGUCUGCGAGUACUUGCGUGCCAAAGGAAAGGUAUUCGCGCAGGUUCUGGACAACGUGGGCACGCCCGACAACCUGUACAAAGCGUCUGAUGACUUCCUCAUUGCAGGCGGGAAGUUUGUACAGGUUGGGAGCCCGUUGUCGCUCGGCGCGCUUCGAUCCGCGGCCUCCAGGGCGCUGCUGCCGUCUUUCUUGGGAGGGGGCAAGAGCAAGUACGAAGUUUACACCAUUCGGGAUUCUGCGGAGGACCUGAAGGUGCUUGGGCAGUGGAUCAAGGAGAAGAAGAUCAAGGUUGUGAUUGAACAGACGUAUGAAUUUGAGGAUGUACCGAAAGCCUUUGCCAAGUUGAGGACGGGAAAGAGCGCGGGGAAGCUGGUGAUCCAUGUUGGAAAGUGA